CUCAGGCGUUGUUGUAAAAACCAUACAUAUAAUAUACCCAUCAAUUUAGCGCAAAGUUCUGUACAGAAAUAGUUUUGAUGAAUUCGGCGUACAGGCGGCAAAUUAUUUUUUGAAAAAGGAAACUUCCCCGUCGCCGUCCUAUGCUUUCCUGCGCUCGGAUGCUUUGGAAACAACCGCCCGCCGCGCCCACGCAACCCGCUGCCGCACUCCGCAGCGUGACGCGCCCCGCGGAUCGCAAGCCCUCGACCCUCGCCACGGUAGAACAGCAAGCGCGCCGGCACCGCUAGUCACGGCCGUCACAGCUUCAAAUUUGCAACAAAACACCCCGCGUGUGCAACACGCAGAAGAUCAAUUUUCAACGCGCAACGCGAAUCCCUGACCACCGAGCAACAACACACAAAGCGGCUGAACGUGAGCUGAAGUACGCACUUAACAACAGGGACAUUCAGCAAGCAUCGCGCGCUCCUAUAGGACGGUAGUUGUACUUGGGAGUUUCAUCCAUAACCCAAAAGCCCCGCAAACACGCUAGAACAAAACGACAGCUAACUACAGCGAACAAUAUCUUUGUCGAAAAAGUUAAAGUUGUAUGUCCUCCGUCCUGCGGCACCACCUUCGCCAAACCUCCCGCGCCGCUUUUGUCCAGACCAAUAACAUAUCUAAAGACAGCACGACAAGCAGAGCACGACAGACGCCCAGUAGAACUUUUAUUCAGCCGAAACCCUUUCCGGGUACUAAACGAAGCAACUUCCCCCGUCGCGGCAACACGACCCUGGCGCUGCUCGAAGGCGCCGGAACUACCUCCGCCUUGCUGUUUUUCGACGUUGGUCACCAGCCGCAGAGUGCCUCGGUCGUUCGACGGAGCUUUUUCAGCAGCACGGGAGAAGAAACAAGCGAUCAAAACACAGUUCAGCUGGGACAGGCAACAAGUGGUGGCAAGAUGGAAAAAGUGGUGAAAUCGGAGGGCGAGUGGAAGAUAUGACAGUGCACAACUCCCCCUCGCCCUCAUUUGUCAUGCAAAAUACCAAGUCCUCCCUUUGGUGCCUCUUGGCACUUUUCGCAUGACAAGUUCUGGUAGCGGCCCAAAUAGCACUACACUCCAGUGCAAAUUUGUCAUGCAAAACCUGCAGUCUUGCUAAUGCUUGUAUUUUUGCCGUUCAUGCUAUACAAAUGAGGGGGAGGGGGAGUUGUGCACUGUUAUAGAAGACGAUAUUGAACGCGAAGGAGUACGACGUGUUGCGAAACAAGGGCACGGAGCGUAUCCUGAGUAAAAACGUACCCACACCAGAGUCAGGAUGGGGAUUUUGCAACACAGACCUAGGAGUUUUGUGAGUCACGCAUGACAAGUUGCGCUCUGCAGUGUAGUGCAGGUUAGCAAGUGCAGCCGCAUCACAAAUCCAGCUACUCAUCCUGUUCACAGCAUCACAAAUUCCAAAACACGAUUGGAAAUGGCUCUCAUGGGGAUGCGCAUUACAAGUCUUCCUGUCUUUGCAAAUCUGCAUUACAACUCUGGCGUGGGUACGUUUUUACUCAGGAUAGAGCGGGCGGGCACUGGGGAGUACGACAAGCAUUAUCCCAAGGAGGGCUACUACUGCUGCCGCGCCUGCGGGUUUCCGCUCUACAGCUACCAGGCCAAAUUCAACAGCGGGUGCGGGUGGCCAGCCUACAAGGACUGCUACCACAGCAAGGCGGCAAACGGCUCCCACAUUGCCUAUAUCGAGGACCGGUCACACGGUACUUACGAUGCUGCUUCACGUCUCUACAGCGCGCGAGAAAUUUUGCACUUGCAGUUGCAGUGAGAAAAUGUAAAGAUGUAAAAAAAUGGAAAAAUCAUAUUCUUUCAGCAGUGCCAGCAUGCGACUUUUUGAUCGUUCCUCCGUGUGUCGAAAUUAUUUUUGAGCAGAAAUUGAACCGAAAACCACAGGUAUGGUCCGCACGGAAAUUCUUUGCAAGCGGUGCGACGGGCACUUAGGACAUGUAUUUUACGGCGAAAUGGGCGCGGAUAGCGAAAGACACUGCGUCAAUUCUGUUUCGGUGAAAUACGUUGCGGGACCGGAACCCGGUGAAGUCAUGUCAGGGCCGCUCAAAGGGAAGAUGUGA